CCGCGCGCUAGUGUACGACAGUGUGUCAGGUGUUUGUGUGUGCGUGUAUCGGUGUGUAUGAGUGUAUGUGUGUGUGCCGCGUGCGUGUGUGUGUGAUUAGAGAGCGAUAGCAUCGUUCCGUGUGUUACGUACGGUUUUCUCGCCACCGUGGUAUUAACUCGUCGAGAGUGUGUUUGUGUGUGUGUGUGUGUGUGUGAGCGCCGCGCGAGCUUUUUGCCCAGGAGCGACUCAUCGCCGUCGUCGCCGCAGUUUCGCCGCAGUUGACUGUUUUCCGCGUAUGCGUUUUUCACGCGCGCCGCCCGCCGUCGGUUUUUCUCGUUCACACCGCGUCGCCGUCGAACAUCAUUCGUGUGUGCCGACUGCCGACGCCACCACCGCCGCCGUCGUCGUGUUUAUCAUCCGGUCGGUCGGUCGCCCGCCCUCCUAACAACAACCGUGACUACAGCCGUCGACACCACAUCCAUUGCGGUACUUACGUAUUGUGUUACCGUGUGUUAAAACGAUCAAAAAUAUAAUAUCAUUAUUAUAUUUGCUUCGACAUAGGUUGCAAAUUAUUGAUGUCUGUUUUAUCGUUUAAGAUAAGAUAGCUUUGUAGUAUUUCAACUUAUAAACUAUGAAUCGUCUCAAUCAGUGAUAUAUUCUUGGAUUCAUCAAAUUUUCAUAGUUAAUUUUAUUCCAUGCAUAAUACUUAUUUCAAGUUCUUUAUAAAGUCUAUAGUAUGAUAGUUAAUUGAAUAAUAAUACUUUAGUCACUACUCUGCAUACGGACAAUGUUCAUUAAAUAUGCUAGUUUGAUUGUAUCACAACAGCAUCAUAAAUAUCUACAAAACGACGGUCAAUCACCACACAGACGUUUUAUCAUUUCAAUACUCAAUAACAAUCCAAACAAGCUGUCUACCUUCAGGCAAACAGUUGGUUUAUACAGUUGUUAACUAUAGUAAAAGUUGAUCCUUGAAAUAUAGUUAACAAAAUGCGAUUAUAUCAAGAAGAAUAAUAUUAAUUAAAUAGUAAAUGUAUAUAUUAUAAUUACAUUGUGUUUCUGUCGUUUAAUUGACAAUAGUCACCGAAAAUUAAUUUGAGCUCUGAUUACGUGUAAACAAAAAAGAGGUUUUCGCAUUUGCUUAUAUAGAGCAUGUCAAACACGGCGGCUACUGCUUCUAGUGCUGGUAGUACUGCUAGCGGUGGAACUACUGCGUCAACUGGUGCGGCCACAACAUUUGUUGACCGCAUCGAUCCGUUCACAAAGAUAUCUGUGUUAAAACGCAAAACGAAGCGUUCACAGGGUUCGUCGUCUUCUUCUAGGUACCGUACAUGUUCAGACGUCGAAUUACAGCCUUUACCAUUGUUAAAGGAUGUAACUGCUCAGGAACAAGAAGAGUUAAUGAUAAGAAAAUUGCGACAGUGCUCAGUGCCUUUUGAUUUUAUGGAUCCUAUGGCGGAACUCAAGGGAAAGGAAAUAAAGCGUGAUACACUUAACGAACUGGUUGAUUAUGUAUCUACAUCACGGGGUGUAUUGACAGAAAAUAUGUAUCCAGAAAUCAUUAAAAUGAUUUCUUCAAAUUUAUUUAGAACACUGCCACCCAGCGAUAAUCCAGAUUUUGAUCCCGAAGAAGAUGAUCCUACAUUAGAAGCAUCAUGGCCUCAUUUAACUCUUGUUUAUGAAUUGUUUUUACGCUUUUUGGAAUCGCCAGACUUUCAACCAGCCAUUGGCAAGAAAGUCAUUGAUCAGAAAUUUGUGUUGCAGCUCCUUGAAUUAUUUGAUACGGAGGACCCACGGGAGAGAGACUUUCUCAAGACUGUGUUGCAUCGCAUUUAUGGAAAAUUCCUGGGCUUGCGUGCUUUUAUUCGCAAGCAAAUCAACAAUAUAUUUUUAAGGUUCAUUUAUGAAACAGAACAUUUUAAUGGUGUUGGUGAACUAUUAGAAAUUCUAGGAAGCAUUAUCAAUGGGUUUGCACUCCCUUUGAAGAACGAACAUAAGCAGUUCCUGGUUAAAGUGCUCAUACCUUUGCACAAAGUCAAAUGCUUAAGUCUGUAUCAUGCACAAUUAGCAUAUUGUGUAGUUCAAUUUAUUGAAAAGGAUAGCUCUUUAACAGAAUCUGUCAUUCGAGGCCUACUCAAGUAUUGGCCAAAAACGUGUAGCCUAAAAGAGGUCAUGUUCCUUGGUGAAAUGGAAGAAAUACUUGAUGUUGUUGAGCCAUUACAAUUUCAAAAAAUUGAAACGCCUCUAUUUAAACAAAUUGCUCGUUGUGUAUCCAGUGCUCACUUUCAGGUUGCCGAACGAGCGUUAUAUUUGUGGAACAACGAAUACAUAAUGAGUCUGAUAGAAGAAAAUAACCAGACAAUCAUGCCAAUUAUGUUUCCAGCUUUAUACCGCAUCAGUAAGGAACAUUGGAAUCAAACCAUUGUAGCAUUAGUUUAUAAUGUACUGAAAACGUUCAUGGAAAUGAAUAGUCAACUUUUCGACGAAUUAACUGCUAAUUAUAAAGCAGAACGACAAAAAGAGAAGAAAAAAGAAACUGAACGUGAAGAGUUAUGGAAACGAUUGGGACAACUAGAAAUAUCUCAUGUCCGCGCUAAACCAUCAGCAGCGUCACUAAUAUCAGUAGAUAAUAAUAACAAGACUAGUAGUAAUAAUAGUUUGGAUUCUGUACAAACAGCAGUAACAACAUCAGCAGCACCAAUUGCAGCAACACCAAUAGCAUCAUCUCCAAUUGCAGCACAACAACAGUAG